UUAGACCGCUACAGUCUGAAACACGGUAAACAACGGUGUAAUAAAAAGGCGGUAAAAGAAAUUUUGAAAAAAUUUGUAUAAAUAUGUGAAGUGCGUAAUUAAACCAUUUUAAAAUUUUAAUGAUUAUUUCUUUAUGAAAAUCCAAACCAGUUGCUUAACGUGGCGUAAAAUAUUGCGAAGGCAUAAAAUAAAAUUAUCAAAGAAAGAAAAUACAAAAACAAAGAAAUUUUGAAAUUCUACUUUCAAAAAUUAAAUAAGAUGAGUGGAGUAUUACGUCGCGGUUCCUUAAAUUUCGAUUGCAAUUUGAAAGGCAGCAAUACGCGCGGCAACAUCGAUACAAAUUUAUAUGGCGGUUAUCGUGACCCGAAGCCGCGUACGCCGGAAAUUAGUGUGAUCGCUUUGGAUUUUCGGCGUUAUUCGGAAGAUUUAAAAAAGGAUACACUAAAAACGCUCGAAACUAAUUGCUUACCCUCAACGGAAGGCGAUUUAAGUCAAGAUGAAGAUUCGGAUGUGAUUUCGAAUUUUAUUGGUCAUCAUGGUAAAUGGCAGUUAAUUUGGACAUUUCUGCUGACACUCUUUCAAAUACCACCAACAUUUCAUUUAUUCGUCUACACAUUUCAGACCGUCGCCAAGGACUACUGGUGUGCGCGCCCCGACAAUGCACCCGAUAUGGAUGUGUCACUCUGGCGUAAUCUAAGUCAGCCCGCCGGCUCCUGUUCCAUAUUAAAUCUUAACUACACACAACUACCGAAUCUCACUGCUACCACCGAAGUUGCUCAACUUAUACCGUGCACAAAUUUCGAAUUCUCCAGCGCUGAUGGGAGUGCCCGCUCAUUAAUUGAGGAAUUCGGUUUGGUUUGCAGUCGUGAACGGUUUGUUAGUGUUGUGGAAAUGUGCUUUUUAGCUGGCGCUGCGGUGGGUAGUGUUUCGAGCGGUUGGAUUUCAGAUCGUUUUGGUCGCAAGCAUACGCUGAUGAUUUUCGCAUUGGUACAGAUUAUAUCCGGUACUUUACUGGCAUACUCCGUCGAUUUGGCUAUGUUCAUGUCACUGCGUGUCGUGGCUGGUUUUGCAUCGAUGACUGUUAACGUAGUUAGUUUCGUUCUCGUCGUUGAAUUGGUCUCCGGCAAAUGGCGUACCAUCACUGGCAUCCUGAACAUAUUGCCAGUGCCGAUCUCAUAUAUACUCAUGGCUUGUAUAGCAUAUUUUGAACGAGAUUGGCGAAAUUUACAGCUCAUCAUUUCAUUACCUUGGCUGGCGGCAUUAUCGAUUUGGUAUUGUAUGCCGGAAUCACCACGUUGGCUACUCGCUCAAGGACGUCUCAAUGAAUUAUAUUCUUUAGUUGAACGUGCUGCCACUCUCAAUAAACGCAUAUUGCCACCAAAUUAUAGAAAAACAUUGGAAGCAGCAGCACCACCGCCAAACAAUGGCCCAAUAGAGUCUCAACAACAAAAACAAACAAUACCUGCAUUUUUAGCAACGCCUGACGGUGGUGGUGCCAACCAUGUGGGAACGAUUAUUCCCAACACCACGGAAUCCGCCAUUCCCACCACUCAUGAUAAUCCCUUGAAGGUGGUAUUUAAUCGUUUUUAUUGGCGCACAACUUGUCUGAACUUAAUUGUCUGGCUCACUUUAAUUAUCGUCUACUAUGGCCUGACAUUGCAUUUGAGCAAUCUGGGUGGCGAUAUCUAUUUGAAUACGAUUGUUGCUGGUGCAAUUGAAGCGAUUUCGGUUUGCGUUAGUAUUUUCGUCGUUUUAAAGGUGGGCUUGCGUCGAAGUCUCAUAGCGUACAUGCUUGUGCCUGGAAUAUUCUGCUUGGCCACAAAUCUACUGCCAACCAGAGAUGACAAUCAAACCGCUGUAAUAAUAAUGGCUAUAAUUGCAAAAUGCGUUAUUGGUGCCAAUAAUGCCAUCAUACCCUCAUAUACAGCCAUGCAAUAUCCGACAGUGGUGCGUAACUUCGGUGUGGGUAUGGGCAGUCUAGCAGCGGGCGUUGCUCUCAUCUUAGUACCUUAUAUGUGGUUAUUGGAAAGUGUGGAUCCACUGCUGCCGAUGAGCAUAAUGGGAGUUUGUGGUAUCAUCGGUGCUAUUGGAUUAUUCUUAAUGAAAGACAUUGAACACUAACACUCGGGCAAAUGUUCAAAGAGAUUGGCUUGGCAUGACAAUUUGGUUAAUUGUUUUAAAAUUUAAUGAAUUCAAAACCUCUCGCGGUAAAUGAAUAAGUACAUUAUAGCACAAGUUGCUGAAAAAAAAAUAAAAUUAAAUUAAAUCAAAUUAAAAAACUAUAACAAAAAAUUAAAAACAAACAACAUUGUCAAACACGACUGUGUUGUUUUAACUGUGAUAAUCUGUAUUUGACAAUUGGCAAAUGUAAAAGAGUUGCAGAAAUGUAUUCAAUGAGGCAGCUAGGUUCAUAGUAUUUUAAGUGAUGAUUUAAACUCAUCAUUCACAUACAAUUAUAUAUGCACACAUUAUAAUGAUAAUUAAUUCAAUUAUUUUUUUUUUUUUGU